AUGCCUCUCCCCCUCUCUUAUCCCGGUUUUCGAUGUCUUUUAGAGUAUUUGGAGGCAGUUAAGCGAGCACAUAUUGUUGGCCGCUCUCCAGGCCUUCAAAAAGUGGAUAAAUUGAUUCCAUUACGUUUGAAGAAUCUUCAUACUAGCAGUGAAGAAAUGAAUUUCAACAAUUUGAUAAUUCGAUACUAUGAUAAAGAUGAACUGAAAUUCAAAACUGAUAAAAGAACAUUCAGCAGACAAAGAGCAGAGAGCCAAGAAGACAAAAGGAGGAAAUUUGUCAACUUUUUCUUCUGUGGAAGAUCAAUCAUCAUUGUGGACACACUAUGUUGGUUUGAUUUGUUCCCCGAUUUCUUGCCGGUCGAUAUGAAAUUUAGAGUGAAUUCGUUGACUGCGAUAUCCUAUUAUUUCAAUAUCGCAAUUCCUUUCAUUGACCCUCGUAGUUUUCCACUGAAAACUCUGGACACUUCUAUCGCCCACACCUCAUCCUUUGACAACCCAGUUGUUAAGCUAGCGAAAACCCUUAUUCUGUAUCUCGUUACUCGCUGGAACGUCACGGUUGAAGACCUUAAGAAACUUAGCAACCAAACAGUGAUAUUCGAAAAGUGUCACACGAGAAUAGAUUUGAUUCCAUUGAUCAAGUGUCAUAUCGAGGCAAAAAAAGAUAUUGGGACCACUUUUAUGAUUUCCACAGAACACAUAGGUCUCAUCGAUAUGAUGUUCCGCGAAUUUGAACAAGCGUUUGUUGAAUUCCAAUGCGAUUUACAAGGCGUCAGUGAGAGAUUCCUCCCGGGAUCCUCUAAGUUCUCCAUCCCAAUCAACAACGAGUCUAGAAUCCAAGUGUAUGUAAUCGAGGAUCAAGGCGUAGGUGGUAGAUGGAAAAUUGUAAUGAAACCAGUGUCUGGAGUUUCGGGACAUUAA